AUGGAGAACGCACGGAUACAGCAUACAAGAUCUGAAAAGUGGAGCAGUUCUCUCACAAGCAACGGAUACGUCCUGGAGAAUGGGGCAGUAUACGAAGAGUCUUCGCGCAGGAAGAUAACCCCGAAUAACUCGGGAGUGAAAAAUCCUGCUUCUUUCUACGCAUCCCCGGACGGGCUCUCGUUUAAGACUGUCUUUUACAGCGGGAAAGUGGAAAGGGCUGAAGAAAAAAGCGGGUACUCGUGGGAGAGUGUGGGCGAGUUCGAGACGGGGAUUUUAUCCGCUUCUUUCAGCCCGGGCUCAGGGAGUCUUGUCGUUGUAACGGGAGAGCGCGUUUUUCUGCUAGACAAAUUUUUCAAUCCAGUCAGGGACGAAUUACUAAAAGAGGAAAUUAAAAAGCUGCACCUGGAAAAGUUUUCGCCAAUUCAGAUAACAUUUUCGCCAGAUGGAAAAUACAUUGCAAUUUGCAUGGGGACAGUCAUUUCUGUGUACACGUACAACCUAGAGCCCGUUUCAGACACGCUUUCCGUCUGCAACAAAAUCAUGAACAGUCGCCUCAUGGGGACGAAGAAGUUCCUGCUGGACGAAGGCGCAUACGUUAACACCGUUAGAAGAUUACCUGUAUCCGGUGAAGAUUUGCCGUAUAAGGAAAUAGCACCUAAAAAGGAAAGCGUUGAAUUUGAGGCCCGGUCCUGCUAUAAGCUCGUUACAUGGCAUUGCUCUCUUCCGAAGAUGUAUGCGGUCACGCACGAGAACAGAAUCCACGUUUUGGAGAGAAACAGCCUGAAAUUUUACGAGAUCUUCCACAUAAGGAAAUCUGAUGCAGAAAAAGAAAAAAUACUGGAAAAUGAAAUAUUUUUUAUCUCUGCCAGGAUUUGUUAUCUGUACUUGCUGCAUAAGGAAAACAAAAAUUUCUACUUAAAGGUUUUUUACGUAAAAAACAACGUGAUUUACCUGAAAUGCAAUUUCCCUGUAAACGACGCAGUUUCCAGCCCCGUGCACGAAGUCCUGCGGAUGGAAGUGGGGGAAAGCGGGAAUAUCCGCAUAGUUACGCCGGAGCACAUUAUUUCCCUCGAGCAGACUACAUUUGUGAAUAGGUCGCGAGAUAACGUUAUAGACAUUGACGGAGCCCGGCUUUUCUUCUAUAACUUGCAGAAGUGCACGAUUCCUCCGCCCAUGUGCAGCCAAGAGAUGGGAAUGGAUGGAGUUCCUUCGGAUAUGCACGUCUCCUGGGAUGGUGAGAUCUCGUGCAAAAUUAACGGAAAAAAACAGAUAUUUUCAGGUCCACUGCCAAAAAAGGAAAAUUCAGGUACAGAGUUCAAAAAAAAGACGAUAGAAUUUUCCAGCGAGAAUUCCCCCGUGGAAGUUGAAAUCGGCCCGAUGGAGUGCCUCGUUUCCCUCAAUACGCGCACACACACGCUGAAAAUAGAGCACAAAAGCACGUGUGUGGAGAUGCCCCGAAUAACCUCAGCAUGCCCGAUUUUUUUGGAGGAGGAGAAGUCCCUUGUUGUCACGAGAGAAAGCCACCCGUGGACGGAAAUCGUGCGGUUUUAUGCGGAAAACGGGGAGAUUCUGCAGGAAAAGCUUGCCCGAACGGGACAGAGCAGCAAAAUUGUCUUUAUAUCGGAAACAACCGUUAUUUUGAUCGAUAGAUACGGGAUGCUUGAGAGCUUUUAUAUUCCGGCCCUGGUAAAAAUUAAAGUGGCAAACCUGAUAAAAAACGGCCAAGUUGAGUCCGCCAUUUUCACCCUGAAAAAAUACGGAAUGCCUGUGGGCCCGUGGCUGCAGAUGCUUGUCUAUGAGAAAGAAGCAGUACCUGCCCGCAUUCUUUUGGAGAUCGUGCGGUUUUUGGGGACAGAGCCUGAAAUCGAACCUGAAGUGGAUAAGAUCGAAAAAAUUGCACUUGCAAAAAUCUUUGAUCUCCUAAAAGAGGAAACCGUUAAAAAAGAAGAAAUUUAUGAGUGGUGCGAGCUGUGCAUGGAAAUCCACCACCUGAAAAACGACCCCGCCCAACUCGUGAAGUUUGCAGCGCUUUUCACGCAGAGGCAGAAGCUUUCCCCGAAUUCACUCUCCUGGCGCUUUUACGAUAACAACCACAUUUCUGAUAGAAUUAUAAGAAAAACUAUAGGAGUUUUUUCCGCUGAAAUCUUGCUGACGCACGCUAUGAACAGCUACAAAUACACACUCUGCUACAUAAUCCUGAACGCAACAAAUACCCCGAUGGACGUCGUCAAUGACACGCUUUUGCCGGCGAACUCGGAGGUUUUGGACCCUUUCAGCGAGCACGAGGAAGUAGAACGAAGGCUGAGAAUUUCAAAAGUCUCCAAAAACAAAAAAAGCCAGACGUUUUACAGCAUAAAAACGUGCAUAGGCGCAAGCGCAUGGAAAGAGGCGGAGUCACGCGGGGGGAGUGAGCGGGAUUUGCUGCUCUCCUCGCUGAAGGCAUCCCUGGAAAAGGACGUGGCCAGAGACUUCUAUUUUUACCUGGAAAACGCGGAAUCUUUCUUUGAGAGCGAAGAAGUGCCCGAAUGGUUCGACGGAGAGUUCCAGGAGGCGGUUGACUCGCUGCUUCUUCUGUGCGGGGAUGCACUGCGCCGGGAAAACGACCUGGAAGACGCGCUUUGGUGCUAUCUCAGGACAAAGACCCCGAAUAACCCGGAACUGAAAAAGCUGAAAAUGCAGCUGGGAAAGUGGCGAGAGCUUUUUGAGGACCCCGCUGAGAGGACGCGGGAGCGCGUGGAAAAGAUGGAGGAGGUUCUUCUCCUGCAGAAAAACACGCUUGCCGCAGCAGAGAUGCACCUGGAGGUGGGAUGCCCCGUGAAAGGCGCGAAGUUCCUGAUCGAUUUAGAGAUGUUUUCAGAGCUAAAAUUUUUCAUUUUAAAGACAGCACCUGAAAACAGCCCUGAAAAUAUUUUUAAAGCAAAGGAGACCACCCGAGCAGAAUUCCUGGCCCAAACAUCGGAGUACCUGAGGAAAAAGGUGCAGAGUUUCGCGGAGAGCUCAGAAAGUGCUGCAGGAACGUACCGGGAAAACACGCAGAGGCUCCACCGCGUCCGGGAGAGAAAGGACGGAGAAAGAAAAAAAGUCCUCGAGGGCGAGUUCGAACCCGGGGAUGCUCUGACGGUUUACACGCGGUCUUUUAUAACGAACACUCUCGUAACGGGAAACAGCACAGGAAAGAAGAAAAGAAGCUCCAAGCUCAGGAAUACCGUUGGAGGCAGAUACGAGGAGGAAUACGUCCAAUACGUCCUGAGUGAGCUCAUUCUAAAGUGCAAAAAACACGUUAAAAACAUGCAGGAAAUAGAGUCUAUUUUCUCAUGCGCAGAUAUGCCCGGAGGAGAGGCCUUUUCCCACGAAAAAAGUGCCUUCAAAAAGGCCCUCUGCACUUUCUACGAUCUCUGCAAUAGUUCAAUCUCAGAGGACUUUGUCUCCUUGAACUCGGAAGAUGACGUCCUCUACGACCCCGAGAGGCCCCUUAUAGAGCAGCCAGAUAUUUCCGACAUAAAAGCGUACGUAAAAGAAAAAUAA